AUGGAGGAAGAAGUGCAAGCUGUAAUUAUUGAUAAUGGGUCGGGUAUGUGCAAAGCAGGAUUUGCGGGAGAUGAUUCUCCACGCGCCGUAUUUCCUUCAAUUGUAGGAAUACCCAAGCAUUUAGGAAUAAUGGUUGGAAUGAAUCAAAAAGAAGCGUAUAUUGGCGAUGAAGCGCAAGCGAAACGUGGCGUCUUGACGCUACGAUACCCAAUUGAGCAUGGGAUUGUAACAAAUUGGGACGAUAUGGAAAAAAUAUGGAGUCAUACGUUUUAUAAUGAACUUCGUGUCGCUCCAGAAGAACAUCCAACCCUCCUUACGGAAGCGCCAUUGAAUCCCAAAGCAAAUCGAGAACGCAUGACGCAAAUCAUAUUCGAAACAUUUAACGUUCCAGCAAUGUACGUCAAUAUUCAAGCAGUGUUGUCGCUUUAUGCUUCUGGGCGUACCACAGGUUGUGUCCUUGAUUCGGGAGAUGGAGUUUCGCAUACAGUGCCAAUUUACGAGGGAUAUGCGCUUCCUCAUGCUAUUGUUCGAUUGGAUCUAGCUGGGCGAGAUUUGACCGAUUUUAUGAUGAAAAUAUUGACUGAACGGGGAUAUUCAUUCACGACCACGGCUGAACGAGAAAUUGUGCGAGAUAUCAAAGAAAAAUUGACGUAUGUAGCUAUCAAUUUUGAUGACGAGAUGCAAAAAGCGGCUCGAUCGUCAGCGCUGGAUAAGACGUACGAACUCCCUGAUGGCAACGUUAUUGUGAUUGGAAACGAGCGCUUCCGUACACCAGAGGUGCUGUUUAACCCAUCAAUGAUUGGACGCGAGUGUUUGGGUGUUCACGAGUGCGCUUUUCAAACAAUUAUGAAGUGCGACGUUGACAUUCGUCGAGACUUGUACAACAAUGUGGUGAUGUCUGGCGGAUCCACUAUGUUUCCUGGUAUUGGUGACCGUAUGACUCAAGAAAUGUCCAAAUUAGCUCCAACAGCGAUGAAAGUAAAGAUUAUUACACCGCCCGAGCGCAAGUAUUCGGUAUGGAUUGGAGGCUCGAUUCUGGCUUCACUAGCUACAUUUCAACAAAUGUGGAUCUCAAAGGCCGAGUACGAUGAGUCUGGGCCAUCAAUUGUUCACCGUAAAUGCUUUUAA